UUGUGACAUUGGGUCGGGCCCAUUUAAAAUCCAGAAAUGUGGAACUUAAAACCCUAAGUUUAUCUCUCUCGUCUUCUCCACAACAAUCGUCGGAGGUGCGCAGCUUCGAGCUUCGAGCUUCAAAUCCCAUCAGCCAUGACUUUCAAGAGAAGGAAUGGUGGUCGCAACAAGCAUGGCCGUGGACACGUUAAAUUCAUUCGCUGCUCCAACUGUGGCAAAUGUUGCCCCCAGGACAAGUCAAUUAAGAGGUUUCUUGUGAGGAACAUUGUUGAGCAAGCUGCAGUUAGGGAUGUUCAGGAAGCCUGUGUAUAUGACCAAUACACCCUUCCCAAGCUAUAUGUUAAGAUGCAAUAUUGCGUGUCCUGCGCAAUUCACUCCCAUGUUGUGAGGGUUCGAUCUCGCACAGAUAGGAGGAACCGUGAACCCCCACAGCGCUUUAUCAGGCGCAGGGAUGAUCUACCAAGGCCUGGUCAGCCUGGGCAAGCGCCCCGUCCUGCGGGAGCUGGAGCUCCUGCCCGUGCCUAAAAGCUAUUCUUGAAUUUCAAUUGUUUCUCCGAUAUAAUAUGAUUUACUUUUGCCUUCUGGAUAUUUAGGUAUUUUUCCCCUUUAUUGUCUGGUUUAGUUUAUGGAGGAUAGGUAACUUUUCCAGUUAAUAUAAUUUCUUUUGGGUGGCAA